CUUCCCUCUCUCAAAUUUGAGUUCCAGAAACGUCUGGGAUAACUGUGGGAGUGAGAAAUAAAAGGGGAUAAACAGGAGAAGGCCAGUGAAGAGUCCAGGGACACAGUCGCACACAGCCAUGCCCGAGCCAACAGAAGCAAAGACGGAGGCAGAGCCCCCCCAGGAGGAGAAGGCAGAGGCAGCUCCUGCAGAAGAGGCAGAGGCAGCUCCUGCAGAAGAGGCACCUGCAGCUGAGCCUGCUGAGCCAGCCCCCGUGGAGGAGGGGGAUGCUCCACCAGAAGCCCCGUCUGCAGAAGGCCCUGAGGAGGAUGGGGAAGAAACAGCAGUCAAUGGUGAGGUAAUAGAGAAUGGAGAGGCAGUCCCAGGCACAGAGGGCCAGGAAGCACCAGCAAGCACAGAUGCCCCAGAGGCUCCGGCAGUUGAAGAGGAGCCACCGGUGGUGGAAGAGCCACCUCCAACGUUGACUGGCAUGUUUCUGGAGAGACCAGAGGAUGUGGUGGCCAUUGCAGGUACUGACGUAACAUUUGUAGCAAAGGUGGACGCAACUACUCUUAGGUUUAAGCCCAGCGCAAAGUGGCUGAAAGGGAAGUGGUUGGAUCUUGGUAGUAAGGCUGGGAAGCACCUGCAGUUCAAGGAGACCUAUGACAGGAACUCCAAGAUCUACACAUAUGAGAUGAAGAUCAUUAAGGUGGUGGUAGCAGAUGCCGGAGGCUACAGGUGCGAGGUGGCGUCCAAAGACAAGUGUGACAGCACCACCUUCGAGGUCUCUGUAGAGGCGGCUGACACUGGGGAUCAUCAACAUGAUGUCCUGUCUGCUUUCAAAAGAGAAGGUGCUGGAGAGGAUGAUGGUGAACUGGACUUCAGUUCUCUUCUCAAGGCCGUCAAGAAGAAGAAGAAGAAGCCUGUGGAGGAGGAGAAAGAGGAUGUGUGGGAAAUUCUAAAGAAGGCUCACCCCAGCGAGUACGAGAAGAUCGCCUUCGACUACGGCAUCACUGACCUCAGGGGCAUGCUCAAGCGCCUCAAGAAAAUGAAGACGGUCGUGCCCAAGAUCAGCGAUGCCUUCAUUAAGAAGUUGGAAGAUUGUUACUCUGUGGAAAAGGGAAAAAAGAUUGUCCUGACCUGUGAGGUGGUUGACCCCAACUGUCAAGUCAAAUGGCUGAAGAAUGGACAGGAGAUCAAACCCUCAGCCAAGUAUAUCAUGGAGGCCAAUGGCAAUCUCCGCACCCUGACCAUCAACAAAUGCUCCCUGGCUGAUGACGCUGCUUAUGAGUGUGUGUGUGGAACUGACAAGAGCUACACUGAGGUCUUCGUCAAAGAGCCUCCUAUCACCAUUACCAAACUGAUGGAUGACUACCACGUGACAGUCGGGGAGAGGGUGGAGUUUGAGGUGGAGGUGUCUGAAGAGGGCGCUCAUGUCAUGUGGUAUUUUGAGAACCUGGAGCUGGUGAGGACUGAAGAUAGCAAGUUUCGAUUCAAGAAGGACGGCAAACGCCACUGGCUCAUCAUCCAGGAGGCCACCCUCGACGACAUCGGAAUGUACCACUGUUUCACUAACGGAGGCCACACCAAGGGAGAGCUGGAAGUGGAAGAGAAGGAGCUGGAAGUGUUGCAGGACAUGGCUGACCUUACGGUGAAGUCGGCCGAGCAAGCCAUGUUCAAAUGUGAGGUGUCUGAUGACAAGGUGACAGGCAAGUGGUUCAAGGAUGGCGUGGAGGUCCUGCCCAGCGACCGCAUCAAGAUGUCCCAUAUUGGCAGGUUCCACCGACUCACCAUCGAUGAUGUGAAGCCAGAGGAUGCUGGAGAUUACACCUUUGUUCCAGAUGGCCACGCCCUCUCACUGUCAGCCAAGCUCAACUUCCUGGAGAUCAAGGUUGACUAUGUCCCAAGGCAAGAGCCUCCUAAGAUUCAUCUGGACGUCACUGGCCAAAUGGUCUCUCAGAACACGAUUAUUGUUGUCGCCGGCAAUAAGCUCCGCCUUGACACGGAGAUCUCAGGAGACCCACCUCCCACUGUUCAGUGGAUGAGGGGAGAUAAGGUGAUUGGCACAGAAGCGGGUCGUGUUCGCGUGGAGAGCCGUACCGGCCUGAGCAGCUUCGUGAUUGAGGGGGCCGAGAGGGAGGACGAGGGCAACUACAGCAUCACCGUCACCAACCCCGCCGGAGAGGACAAGGCCAACAUCCACAUCAAGAUCGUUGAUGUCCCUGAUCCUCCUGAAAAUGUGAAAUGUACUGCUGUGGGAGAGGACUGUGCCACCAUCACCUGGGAAGCCCCAAAAAUCGAUGGCGGCGCGCCUAUCAAAGGUUACUACAUGGAGAGGAAGAAGAAGGGUUCGUCUCGCUGGACAAAGCUGAACUUCGACGUCUAUGAGUCGACCACAUACGAGGCUAAGCGUAUGAUUGAGGGCGUCCUCUAUGAGAUGAGGGUCUUCGCAGUUAACAGCAUCGGCAUGUCACAGCCUAGCCUCAACUCUAAACCAUUCAUGCCAAUUGCACCCACCAGUGAGCCCACGAGGCUGAUGGUCAACGACGUGACAGACACCACCUGCUCGCUCAAAUGGCUGGCCCCCGAGAGAAUCGGCGCUGGAGGCCUGGACGGAUACAUCAUAGAGUACUGCAAAGAGGGAGACACUGAGUGGCAAGUGGCCAACUCCGAGCCAGUGGACAGGCAGAGCUUUGUGGUGCGCAACCUGCCCACGGGGGAGAAGUUGGACUUCCGCGUUGUCGCGGUCAACAUCGCUGGCCGCAGCCCCCCCGCCCUCCUGGGUCAACCAGUCACUAUCAGAGAGAUUGUUGAGCGUCCUAAGAUUCGCCUGCCGCGGAGCCUCAGACAGAAAUACGUCAGGCAGGUCGGAGACCAAAUCAACCUGGUCAUCCCCUUCCAGGGUAAGCCUCGUCCAGUGGCUACCUGGUUAAAGGACGGUGAGCCUGUAGACCUUAAGAAGGUGGGCGUGCGCAACUCAUUUGUGGACAGCGUCCUCUUCAUCCGGUCAGCCGAGAGAGACCACUCUGGCAAAUACACACUGGUGCUACAGAUCGAGAACAUGGAGGACAGAGCCACCAUAGACAUCCGCGUCGUGGAGAAGCCAGGUCCCCCCACUGCGGUCAAGGUGACGGACAUAUGGGGCUUCAACGCCGCACUGGAAUGGAAACCCCCGAAAGACGACGGCAACUGUGAAAUCACUGGCUACCUGAUCCAGAAGGCUGAUAAGAAAACGAUGGAGUGGUUCACGGUGUAUGAGCACAACAGACGUACCAACUGCACAGCGUCGGAUCUGGUGAUGGGGAACGAGUACAUGUUCCGCGUGUUCAGUGUCAACAUGUGCGGCCCAAGCGACGACCCAGGAGUCAGCAAGGACACCGCCAAGAUCGUCAAACAAAAUCUGGAGUAUAAGCCCCCUCCCUUCAAAGAGCAUGAUAUGAACUGCCCACCCAAGUUCACCGCUCCCCUCGUGGACAGAUCUGUCAUUCAAGGCUACAGUGCUGCCAUGAGCUGUGCAGUGAAAGCUAGUCCUAGGCCAAAGAUUAUCUGGUUGAAGAACAAUAUGAUCCUUGGCGAUGACCCCAAGUACCUGAUGAUGAACAACCAGGGCGUCCUGACACUGAACAUCCGCAAGCCGGGCAUGUUCGACGGGGGCAAGUACACCUGCCGGGCCGUCAACGACCUGGGCCAGGCCGAGGUGGAGUGCAAACUGGAGAUCAGACCACAACCCCCAAUGGAGGAGAAGAGGAAGUAAGAGACAUGGCGAACAGCAGCAGCAGCAGCACUGACAGACAAACACAAAGAGCUUUAGAGGAGCUUUAGAGGCAGCACAGACACAAACUAGCACGACUAGUACCGUGUCUGAUAUAACACUUGAACAUUCAGAAUAAACGUAUGUAAUAAUAACAAUG